CCAGAAAGUGGUGGAGGCACUGAAGGACAUGGCUGAAAUUCUCGUGUGGGGCGACCAGAAUAACCCCAGUGUCUUUGACUUCUUUCUGGACAAGAACUUGUUUGUGCUGUUCCUAGAGCUCCUCAAUAUGAAGGGAGUGCCCUACGUCAAGAUGCAGCUGCUGCAGUGCCUCAACAUCAUCUUCGAGAACAUCCGUAAUGAGUCAUCGCUGUACUACUUCAUGUCCAACAACUACAUCAACAAUGUCAUUACGCACAAGUACGACUUCUCCAACGAGGAGAUUCUGGCGUACUACAUCUCCUUCAUGAAGACACUGUCCUUCCGCCUCAGUCCGAGCACAAUCUCCUUCUUCUACAACGAGCAUCAAGAAGACUUCCCCUUAUACUCCGAGGCUAUCAAGUUCUUCAACCACAAGGAGAGCAUGGUUCGCAUCGCCGUCCGUACCAUCGUAUUGAAUAUAUUCAAAGUUGAGCGCGUGCGCGCACAGGUGUGUCGUGCGCUUACAACUACUUCACAGCCUCACAUCCCUUGUGUGUACCAUUACAAUACCAACUAUCCCGCAGUCAAUCUAACCCUCAACCCUAAGCCUUAA